GUUGAGUUUGUGGCGCGGGAUAAUAAGAUAAAGAAGUGCGCGCGGGGUACUUUAGGCUUCUCCAAACAAGACAGGUUUUACUUCUUACUUUUUACUUUAUCAAAUAGAAAAUAAAAGACCCAACAUGUGGAAUCAGGGAGGCUACAAUGAGUCCAGCUCGGUCGGAGGUUACACUCAGUCCCCUGGAGGCUUUGCUUCACCUUCCAUGUCUCAGGGAGGAGAGAAGAAAGGGCGGACUCGCAGCUCGCAGAUCGUCCCCUGCACGGUCUCUCAGUUGAUGAUGGCCUCACAAGCUGAUGAGGCCUUUAAAGUCGGAGAUGUGGAGGUCGCCCAGAUCACCAUCGUGGGCGUCAUCAGAAGCACCGACAAGUCCAUGACCAACAUCCAGUACAAGGUGGACGACAUGACGGCGGCGCCCAUGGAUGUGAAGCAGUGGGUGGACACAGAGGACCCCAGUGUGGACAGCACCGUCCUGCCUCCGGGAACAUACGUCAAAGUUUCUGGAAAUCUUCGCUCCUUUCAGAAUCACAGAUCUGUUGUUGCGUUCAGCGUCAGGCCCCUUGAGGACAUGAAUGAAAUCACCUCCCACAUGCUGGAGGUUGUUCAAGCACACAUGAUGCUCAGCAAGCCCCAAACUAUGUCAAGUGCCGGGGGAGGAAUGACCGGCGGCAUGAUGACUCCCAUGUCCCGACCAGCCAUGGGAGGGAUGGGCGGAGGAGGCUACACCGGCGCCAACGACAUGGCUUAUAACGGCUUGAGUGCAAAUCAGAAUCAGGUGCUGAGUCUGAUCAGAGGCUGCCCGGAGCCACAAGGCAUCAGCAUCCACGACCUGAGGCAGAGACUCAGCGGCAUGAGCGUCCCCGUUAUCAAGCAAGCGGUGGAAUUCCUCAGCAACGAAGGCCACAUCUUUUCCACCAUCGAUGAAGAUCACUACAAAUCGACAGACAAUGACGAUUAGGCACGUCCUCUAGGAAGCUGUUCGGUGUUUUCAGUGAAUUCCAGCUGACAGCACCCACCCGUAAAACGUUUCUAACUUCAAGCUGUCGUUUUGCACACAAAACUGUUGAGAAUUGUCACUGGUGCACAAGUCCGGGAAAACACUGUGGUUGUUGGUUGGAGAGCGUGUUGGGUUUGUUUCACACAUCCUGUCAGUACUUCUGUAAAAUCCACAAGUGACGGAAGUGUUGAAGCAUUGUGCACCGUACAUGCUUUCUACUUUGUUGUCUCCACACACACCCUUCAUUGUAAAUUUUUAACGAUUUAGAGCGUAAGUACGAUAAAUUUGUAACUUUUGAAUAAAUAAAGAUGAUA